AUGCCAAGCACUCGGGUGGAGAGACGACACCAGUUCUGUCAAUGCCUGGCAAGAGCAGAUAGGUGUGGUGGCGGGAGCAAGCAGCCUGGGAGGAAACCAGCCUCUCUGAGUGAGUUCCUGUGGCUCGUCCUGGUGCAGAAGAGGUCUGAGGUGCUACAGCAGGCAAUAGAGGGGGUGAAGGACAGUGUGUUGCCACUUGCUUGCUUUCAUUCUUGCCCACGGGUGCUGCAUUUUCUCCAGGCUGACGGCCACUGUCGUCUUCCAAGAGAGGGCCCAUAUGGAAUAUUUGCUGGCAGAGAUGCCUCCAGGGGACUGGCAACUUUCCGUCUAGACAAAGAUGCACUCAGAGACGAGUACGACGACCUGUCGGACUUGAACGCUGUACAGAUGGAAAGCGUAAGAGAGUGGGAAAUGCAGUUUAAAGAAAAAUAUGACUACGUAGGUAGACUCCUAAAACCAGGGGAAGAACCAUCAGAAUACACAGAUGAGGAAGAUACCAAGGAUCACACUAAACAGGAAUGAACUUUGUAAACAACCAAAGUCAGGGGCCUUCGGAACUGCAACCUCUUACUCCCCGUCACAGAAUGUCCUGCAUCUUUGGGUACAGUUCAUCUGCUGCGAAAAACAUUCAACAGUUUUGUACAAGGAAAAUAAUAUACUCACAAAUGAAAAUUUGAAUACUAGACAUUCUUUGUGCUGCCAAACUUUUUGUUGCAGUUUAUUUGUAAUGUCUGGUUAGGCUUCAUUAGUGGAGAGGGGCCAGGGAUCUAAAGGCAAAAACGCUAUUCCUUUUUAUCAGUAAGCUGAAGCCUUCAAGUAGUAAUUACAGGCUCUCUGAAAGACGUGAGUCUUCAAGCUCAGUGGAAGGUUUGAAUCUUGUUUCGUGUGUCUUCUCCUUCAGCAUUAAAGAUAGAUGUACUUCUAUACAUCAGCAUCAGUAGGUUAAGACUACUGAAACUGGUGUUAAAAUGUGAAUUUCCAAUUUUCUUUUGUACGUGGGCGUUAGUAGCCCUGGCAGAAUACUUCAGUUCUCUAAGAGAAGUCCGUGUAGAUUAGGAUGGGAGUAAAAUUCAUCCUUUUCUCAAAAGGAUUGGGUAAAACCAUUUCCUCUGCAAUGACUAUUAUCUGAAGCCUGCUUCUCCCCCCUUUUCCCAUCCUCUAAAUCAAAUCAAAUAUUAAUUGUGCCUUAUUUCGCUUACAUAGACUUGAAUUGUUUUAAGGGACAGCCCCAAAAUUCUGGUUUCAUAGUCACUACAAGCAGCAUUGAGACUGAAGUUAGAAUGUUGACUGGAAAACCUUGAUGUCAUUCUGUGUAUAGAAUGUAAAAGAGGAAUACUCAGUGUUACUGCCAUAUGUUAAUACUACAUAUACUUAAAUUAGCAUUGUGAUGGCCAAACGCAUACUCCCAUGCUUCUUUUUAAGUAAGUACAAACACACAAAAAAGUCACCCUUCCUCCUCUUCCAGAAGCUGCCUAACUUUUGGGAGCGUAGCCUUCACAGCCCUGUAGAGCGAAGGGGCGAGCGCGUGUGUCUGUGUGCGUGUCUGUCUGAGUGCAAGACUUGGGAGGGAUUGUUUCUGCAGAUAUUGUAAAUACGAGUUACCAUUUUAAUAAAGCAUGUACAAUACCAAA